AUCGUAAUUCUGUUUUUUUAAUUUCUUAAUUGUUAAUGAAUUUUUAACUGUGUUGUCAUUUUUCUAGCUUCAAGCUGAACUCAGUGUAAUAAAAGAUGAAUUGCAAAAAGCGCAGUCUCUAAUUCGCUCGACACCACCACCUGUUGAUAUCAAACCAUAUAAGCAGCAAAUAGAUCUUUUGAAAACUGAGUUAACAUCGAGCAAAAAUCGAUGCUCACAACUUGAAGUGGAAUUAAAUCAAGGACUGCAGGCCAUGCAACAAAUGAGAAAUGAAUCACAGAAUCAAGAUCGACAAAUCGAACACUUAAGAAAUGCCAAUGCUUUACUGGAGCAGCGGCUGCAAGACGUCGAGGCAAAUGUGAAAGUAGAACGUGAUGCGUUCGAAAGAAAAGUGCAGAAUGCAAUGCAAGUAGCUGAAGAACUGAGUGCGGUUACAUCUGAAAUCCGAAGUGAGAUGAUGCAGCACAAAGAAAGUGCUGAACUGGCAAUACAAGAACGUGAAAACUAUUUUGAACAAAUCCAAGUAUUGAAUAAGCAACUACUGGAUGCAAACCAUGAACGUGAAAGUCAUUUAAACGAUAUUGCUGCAUGUAGGAAAAGAUUGUCUGAGAUGGAAAAUUUUAAUAAAGAAGUAAAAGUUUUUUGAAC